CUCAUGGAGGGUGCAUAAUCUGUAUAAAGACCGUGGUCAGCUUGCUGCACUGAAAGUCAUCGUUUUGUGAUACUGCUGGGAAGUGGGUACCACAGCCAUGAAUCUGUAUUUGAGUCUGUUCUCCCUUUGCUUGGCUGUUGCUUCAGCUGCCCCAAGUUUAGAUCCACUUCUGGAUGACCAUUGGCAUCUCUGGAAGAAUUGGCAUAGCAAGAAAUAUCACGAGAAGGAAGAAGGUUGGAGGAGGAUGGUUUGGGAGAAAAACCUGAGGAAGAUUGAACUGCACAACCUGGAACACUCUUUGGGAAAACACUCAUAUCAACUGGGAAUGAACCAUUUUGGUGACAUGACAAAUGAAGAGUUCAGACAGCUCAUGAAUGGAUACAAGUACAAGAAGUCUGUCGAAAGGAAGUUCCAUGGCUCUCUGUUUCUCGAACCCAACUUCCUGGAGGCACCACAACAGGUUGACUGGCGGGAGAAAGGAUAUGUAACUCCAGUCAAGGAUCAGGUAUCAUUUCAGACAUUUCUGGAAAUUUUGCUUAAUGGCUAAUUUAGAUAAAGGUUUUGCAUACUAC